AUGGUCGGUACGCUCAAGAACACAUGCAGCAUCAACCUCGUUGUUCUGAAGAAGCUCGCAAGUAGGAGCUGUCUACUUCCAGACGACGUGCUCAUAGAGAUUCUCUCCUACCUCCCAGCGAAGACCUUCUUCAAGUUCCUCUCAGUCUGCAAGACCUUCCGCCAACUCUCGUCAAAUUCCCAUUUCCUCCUUUCACAGUCAUACCACAGCAAGGCCAUCUCUGGCUUCUUCGUCCAACGCUACUCCACCUUCAGGUCCCUCCUCCUCAUUGACCCCUACGCUGGCAUGCCCAGGAGUAGCCUCGAUUGUCUGAGGAAGCGCAACACAAGAAUCCUCGGGUCAGUCGGUGGCCUCGUCUUCGUCUGGCAUAGGAAUGACGGAUCGUUCAAUGCUACCACCAGUAGCUUAUUUGUCUACAAUCCAGCCCGUAGGACUCGGUGCCAGCUUCCCUCUCCGCCAAGCAAGUGUCUCCGAGGCGGCAUCGCUGUGAGAUUCAUGACCGACAUCAACAGGUUGACGAAAGACUACAAGCUGGUCUACCUAUCACCGACCGGCCAAAGCUCGUUGUACCAAUGUCAGGUGUAUGACUCGGCGGCAAGGGCAUGGACGAUGAACAAGCAACUAAAUUGCGGGUGGAGGGCACUCGAUUUGCAGCACCCAGUGAUCAACGGCGAGACCGUAUUUUGGGUGUCGACCUUGCGAACGCAAGUGGUGAUCGACCCGUAUGUCUUCGCCUUCAAUAUGAGGACGGAAUGCACGGAGACCAUCGAACUACCGCAAGAAGCAACCGUCAGAGACGCCGACACGAUCGGGAUUGCCGAAUGGGGGCGGAGUACAAUAUGCUUGAUCCAUUACGGGAGUCUCUCUCAGGUGUUCGCUCUGUGGCUACUGAGGGAGACAAGAAACGGUGUGCCAAGAUGGAUGAAAGCGCAUGAGAUAAGCUUGGGGCAGAUGGGGCUUAGGAAACCAUGCUACGUGAGCUCCGUCAUGCUAAGUGAGGUGGAGACGAUCAUGCUACUUGUUUUCACCGUAUACGACGUGGUGUACAGCUACAGUAUACAGGAUGGAGAUCUGAAGAAGCUAGGAUCAGUGGGUAUCGAUGACCCCACACUGAUCCCUUACGUUAAUUUGCUUCGGCCAUGCAGUGAGCAAGAGGAGCUAUUGGAAGCGAUAUGA